AUGAAGAAAAGCAGAAGUGUCAUGACGGUUACAGCAGAUGACAUUGCUAAAGAUUACUUAGAAUGUGGCCUGAGCAAGUCUUAUAGUACAUCUAGUAAUAUGCUCGGCAUAGAUCUCUGGAGAGGAAGAAGGUGUUGCUCAUGUAAUUUGCAGUUACCACCACUGUCCCACAGACAAAGUGAAAGAGCUAAGACACCUGACAGAGACAUCCUCGCUAGACCAACAACUUUGCCUUUGCUGACGCCACCGAGUAUUGCCAUCACCACUUACCAGGACAGCUUUGAUGUGGAAAAUGGCCCGUCACCAGGUCGCAGCCCGUUGGACCCCCAGGCCAGCUCUUCUUCAGGACUUGUAUUGCAUACCACUUUUCCAGGCCACAGCCAGCGCCGGGAGUCAUUUCUUUACAGAUCAGACAGUGACUAUGACUUAUCACCAAAGACUAUGUCCAGGAACUCCUCUCUUCCAAGUGAACAACAUGGAGAUGACUUGAUUGUUACACCUUUUGCACAGGUCCUGGCAAGUUUACGAAGUGUGAGAAAUAACUUUACGUUGUUGACAAAUUUGCAAGGAACAUCAAACAAGAGGUCUCCAGCAGCGAGUCAGCCACCAGUCUCCAGAGUUAGCCUGCAAGAAGAAUCUUAUCAAAAAUUAGCAAUGGAAACUCUGGAAGAAUUAGACUGGUGUUUAGAUCAACUUGAAACCAUUCAGACCUACCGAUCAGUCAGUGAGAUGGCAUCUAACAAGUUCAAGAGAAUGCUAAACCGGGAGCUGACACACCUCUCAGAGAUGAGCCGAUCCGGGAACCAAGUGUCUGAAUACAUUUCAAACACUUUCCUGGACAAACAAAAUGAUGUGGAGAUUCCCUCUCCCACACAGAAAGACAGAGAGAAGAAGAAAAAACAGCAGCUCAUGACACAGAUCAGUGGAGUGAAAAAAUUAAUGCAUAGUUCAAGCUUAAACAAUACCAGCAUUUCGCGGUUUGGUGUGAAAACAGAAAAGGAAGACCAUCUGGCCAAGGAAUUGGAGGAUCUAAAUAAAUGGGGUCUUAACAUAUUUAAUGUUGCAAGAUAUUCACACAGCAGACCCCUCACCUGUAUUAUGUAUGCCAUAUUUCAGGAGAGAGAUCUACUAAAAACAUUCAAAAUCUCAUCUGACACCUUUGUAACUUACAUGAUGACUUUGGAAGACCACUACCAUUCCGAUGUAGCCUACCAUAACAGCCUACAUGCUGCUGAUGUGGCCCAGUCGACACACGUUCUUCUUUCUACGCCUGCAUUAGAUGCUGUCUUCACAGAUUUGGAAAUCCUUGCAGCUAUUUUUGCAGCUGCAAUUCAUGAUGUGGAUCACCCUGGUGUCUCCAACCAAUUUCUUAUUAAUACAAAUUCUGAACUAGCUCUGAUGUACAAUGAUGAAUCUGUCUUGGAAAACCACCAUCUUGCUGUGGGUUUCAAACUGCUGCAAGAAGAACACUGUGAUAUCUUCCAGAACCUUUCGAAGAAACAGCGUCAGACUCUCAGGAAAAUGGUGAUAGACAUGGUGUUGGCAACAGAUAUGUCCAAACAUAUGAGCCUUUUGGCAGAUCUAAAGACUAUGGUGGAAACUAAGAAAGUGACAAGUUCAGGAGUUCUCCUUUUGGAUAACUAUACAGAUCGUAUACAGGUUCUCCGAAAUAUGGUACAUUGUGCAGAUUUGAGUAAUCCCACAAAAUCCCUGGAAUUAUAUCGGCAGUGGACAGACAGAAUCAUGGAGGAAUUUUUCCAGCAGGGAGACAAAGAACGAGAGAGAGGAAUGGAAAUUAGUCCAAUGUGUGACAAACACACAGCCUCCGUGGAGAAAUCACAGGUUGGAUUCAUUGAUUACAUCGUCCAUCCACUUUGGGAGACCUGGGCGGACCUAGUGCAGCCUGACGCACAAGACAUCCUGGAUACUUUAGAAGACAAUAGGAACUGGUACCAGAGUAUGAUACCUCAAAGUCCCUCCCCUCCCCUUGAUGAACGGAAUAGAGACUGUCAGGGUCUAAUGGAGAAGUUCCAGUUUGAACUGACUCUUGAAGAGGAGGAUUCAGAUGGACCUGAAAAGGAGCGUGAGAGUAUCAGCUAUUUUAGCAAUACAAAGACACUCUGUGUGAUUGACCCGGGCAAAAGGGAAUCACAAGAAGAAGCUAAUAUAGAAAUUGUGACAGAAGAUAUGUCACCUGUUGAUACAUAA